UCAUUGGAACUCGUGUUUUGGCUAGAGGCGAAAAGGUGAUCCACUUCGGGUAUAUAUGGAUGUCGAGGCUGGGAGGAAACGGUCUGGCCAUGAGGAUAUUUAUAUUAGUUAUCACGCUGAUGAUGAUGUACAGUCAACUUAUGCUGGUGCCCUGUUCCAUAACAAUCGAAAUUAUCGCCUGUCCACUUACAAGAACAAUGACACACUUGUUUACUGGUCUUCAUCAAGGUGCCUUUCUCACAGAAACAACCUUGCCCAGAGUCUUCUCAAAUUGCUGCCUUACCACUCAUUUGGCAAGUGCCUGAACAAUGUGGGAGGCCUGGAUGUGGCACUUGAUCUCUACCCUGAUUGUGCAAAUGAUGUCAACUCUGCUCCAAAAUGGUGGGAUCAUCUACACUGUGCCAUGUCACACUACAAGUUUGUUCUUGCAAUUGAGAAUACCAUGACUGAGAGCUAUGUAACAGAGAAGCUAUUUUAUGCCCUAGAUUCAGGUGCAGUCCCCAUCUACUUUGGCGCUCCAAACGUGUGGGACUUUGUCCCUCCACAUUCAAUUAUAGAUGGGAAUAAGUUCAGCUCCAUGGAGGAAUUGGCUUCCCACGUUAAGGCAGUUGCGGAUGACCCAGUUGCCUAUGCAGAGUAUCAUGCUUGGAGGCGGUGUGGAGUAUUAGGUAACUAUGGGAAGACCCGUGCGGCAAGCCUCGACACACUACCAUGCCGACUGUGUGAACUUGUAAGUAGAAAGGGUGGUAGAAAUUAUAGAACACUAUGAAAGUUCUGGUCUCUUUGUUCCAUCCUUGUGGGAUGUUACUUCUUUUGUUCUAUUGGUAUUGUGGUAAUCAGAAGGACAUGCAUAGUUAAGGUCUUGUCUUAAGUAUGACCUCAAAGAGAUCUGAUUGAAUGGGCAUGAAUUCAUGGAGCCGAUCCCAUUUAGUUGAGAUUUUACUAAUAUUUUGUGUUGUAUUCUUUUUUUUUUACUUUAAUUUUACUUUUCUUUUAUUGUCUUUGAUCAUAUCCAUGUAGCCAAGUCAUGGAUCCAUUUAGUUGGAACAAGGCUGAGUUGGUUGUAUUGUAGUAAUUGGUUAUCUUAAAAUGUAUACAGGGAAAACUGACUGUCAGGAAUUUUAGUGGAAUUUUUUUCCAGACUUCUUUUAUUGUAAGAUCAAACUCAUUAUGAUCAA